AUGUUGGAGGAAGUAACCGAUGAUAAAGCACUAGUUGCUUUGCUCAAAGCAACACCUAAUCUGGAGUCACUUGUGUUUGAGAAGGAUCCGCCUGACAUUAGUGACGACGAAGAAGAACAUGAUGUUGCAGGCAGCGAUGCUGAGGCUGCCGAGGAUGUAGACAACCAUGGCACAGAAGAUGAUGAUUGGACACUUGACAUGGUGACUGAUCCUGAAUGCUUAUUUCUAUACCUUCAAUCUGUUGACUUCACAGAGUUCAUGGGGAAUCCAAUGGAGAUGAGAUGGGUGAAACUGAUUUUGAAGAAUGCAAAAGCUUUGCAAACAAUGUCCAUUUCCAACUGUGAUCACUCUUUAAAUACGAAGAGAAAGGAAGAACUUAUGGUGGAGAUACCAAGCCUUCCGAGAGCUUCAACAAGUUGCGUGUUUGAAUUCCCCGAUUGGCAGGGUCCGCCUGAGAUGAGUGAUGACGAAGAAAAAGAUGAUGUUGCAGGCAGCGAUGCUGACUGCUGAGGCUGCCGAGGGUUAUUGUACAUGUUUAAUGUCUAACUUGAAGAAGUAGUUACCUUUUCCCAUAUUCUAUGCUUGUAACAAAGGCUUUGUUGUCUGCCGAGGGUUAUCGUCCGUGGUGCCAUACACCACUUUUCUUGUAGUGAACUUUCUGUAGCUGUUUUUUCCUGUCGCUUCCA